CACGAAGAAUCUGAAUUCCACCACGAUCUUCUGGCAUAGUCGUAUUCUCUGUAUUCGUGUCACUCCAGAAGUACUUUGUUGAAGGGACAGUCAAGGAUGAAACUUUCGGGUGGCCUUGCUCAGGGACUCAGCCUUGCGGUGUUGGGCGUGGGCCUUGCUCGCGCCGAGAUCCGGGACAUGGAGUUUCUGCUGGAACCGACCGAAGACUCUAUCCACUUUACCGACGGAUACUUGCGGGGUCCCGGCUAUAUAGAUCUAUCCGCGCUGGUCUUUACGGCGGUUUCCGAAAAUUUCACCCCCGUCGACGUCGGCACCAACGACGAUUCGCCUCUCAAUGACGACGACAACGACGACAAUUCGAACGCACCCGACGAUACUGGUGCAGACGGUGGAAACCGACGAGACUUGAGCGCACGUGGAUUGGACGGAGGUGUCGAGGAAGGUCUAACGACGGUAGAUAUGGCCGUCAUUGGGCUACCCCAAAAAUGUGCGAAUAGUCGAUCGGGCUGCGAUUGGACCGAGCAAGGAAUAGGAGGGCGUCUACCGGAUGGAAACUUGCGAUGGUGCUGCUCUACCGAAGCUGUUGCCGCUGGGCUUUGUGAAAGUCACAAUAGCGGCAAACUCAUUAUCAACUCGACUUCGUUUACUGGGGCAUACAAAUUUGUAAACGUCCCCCCUCACGGACCGAUGAGUAAACAUCUUCGGUUUGGUCAGAUUAACGAGGCAAAUUCCGGUCAGUUUGUAGUGGUUUUCGCCAACUGCAACGAAGGCGGACGACAGAUUGUUGCGCGUGGCAAAACUGUGUGGAAGUCUGUGCACGGCUAUCUACCGGGAGAACUCUACGGAUUUAUGAAUUUCUACGCCAUCUUGACGGGUAUGUACCUUAUUCUGUUACUUUGGUACGGCUAUCUCAUGCACGUGAACGAAGAAUCAAGAAUUGCCAUUGAGAAAUGGAUCCUCAUGACAACUGUACUCGGUUUACUGGAAAUGUUCUUCCGCACUGGCGACUACUUUGUCUGGAACGUUGACGGAUAUCGGAUGAACUUGGCCAUGUACAUUGGUAUAAUUCUGGGAGUCGUCAAACGCGGACUCAGUCGAGCACUGAUCAUCAUGGUAGCGCUUGGCUGGGGAGUUGUGCGUGAUUCGUUAGGCUCGGCUUUGAGGACAAUCAUUGUUCUAACCGCUGCGUAUGUUGGUGUUUCUGUCUCUCGCGAUCUCAUGCUGGUCUUCGCCAUUGAAGACAUGGAAACGCUAUCCUAUGAUGCGGAAGUUGAGCUCUUUGAUGUUGUGACGAUAUUGACAUUUGUUGUUGCGGCUGUCGAUGUCAUUUUCAUUCUCUGGAUUCUUGAUGCCCUCAAUAACACCAUGGAAUACUUACAAAGUAUGAAUCAAAGUCGCAAAUUGAUGCGGUACUUGCGUUUGCGGUGCAUUUUUUUGUUUUCAAUACUGUUUGCUACCAUCUGGGUUGUUUUCUCCUUGGUUGAUACGUACGAUGAAAACGGAAUCAUUCGGGAAGAGCAUGAGUGGUCAGUAGAUGCCGCAACUGAGAUCAAUUACUUUUACGUGCUGGCGGGGGUAGCUUUUUUGUGGCGGCCCAACCCCAGUGCGAAGGAGUACGCCUACGUCAUGGAGCUCUCAGCUACGGGCGAAGGGAAUGACGGAGAAGAUACACACGAACUAGAAUUAACAGGGGUUGUCCCAUCAGCGUUAGACGAUGACGAUGAUGAGGAACCGUCAGGGAAAAGCAACGGUUACCAUGAUAAUGAUCACGAUGACCGGUUUCGAAUCGACGACUCGGAAGCGGCAUAGCACACAAGCAAGUCAUUCGUAUUUGUAACCUUUUCCCCCCAAGGGUCAAUUCAUCUGCAGGCAUAUAUACCGAAGCAGUUUCCUACAGCCUGUUCACGCCCUAGACAUUAACGUAAUACAGCUCCUUCUUUUCCACUCGGGUUA